ACCAACAACACAUCUCAAACACAAUCUGAUAACCAUGAAAACCACAAUCGCUUCUGUAUUUCUUCUUUUCCUCUUCUCAAUCACACAAUCGUCCUUUCUGUUUGGCGUGGCUAACGCUGCAGACGAUGCUGUGCUGGAUAGAGACGGUGAAGAGGUCGUCACAGGCGUCCCAUACUAUGUACUGUCGGCGAUAUGGGGCGCUGGAGGUGGAGGGCUUGCCAUAGGCAGGGAGAGCGGUAGAAAAUGCCCAGAAAUCGUCGUUCAGAGACUAUCUGAUAUGGACAAUGGUAAUCCCGUGGUAUUUUCUAAUGCAAACACCAAAGAUAACGUUGUCCGUGUGUCCUCCGACGUAAAAGUAGAGUUCGUUGGACCUAGAGACAGACUCUGCCUAACAUCAACGGUGUGGAAGGUAGAUCACGACCAAAAGUGGGUGGAACUUGGUGGGACUGAAGGAGGCCCUGGUUGCGACACUUUGGAGAAUUGGUUUAAAAUAGAGAAGGCCGGCAUGGAUGGUACGUACAAAUUUAAGUACUGCCCUUCAGUAUGUGAUUCAUCCAUAACCGCUUGCAACGAAAUUGAGAGAGCUGUAGAUGAAGAUGGACACAUACGUUUGGCUCUAUCCGGUGGCUCAGGAUAUCCAUGGCCAUGGAUAUUUAUCAAAGCAAACGAAGUAAACAAGAGGAUUCGACAAGUUGUUAAUGCUUAAUUACUACUUUAAUAUUAGUUUUAAGUAAAUAAAGGUUAGGCCACUGCUUAAUACUGAGACAGCCUAUCGUUAAUGUUGCCUUGUUAGAGGGUUUGCCUCUCAUGACCCCUACUUUG